AUGCCCGAAGGUAACCUGUCGUCGUUGCGCCCAGGCCUUUCUGUCGCCUUAUCUGCCACCGGUAUGGCUUCAUCGUCGUCAGACGCUGUUAUAGUCGGCCUGGGGGUCGUACUAGCAGCGCUCUACCUGUUCCGUGACCAGCUUUUCGCAACAUCGAAGCCCAAGGUCGUUCCAGUCGCCACAAAAGCCGCCAAUGGUUCAGGAAACCCCCGCGACUUCAUUGCGAAGAUGAAGGAGAGUAAAAAGCGCCUCGUGAUAUUCUAUGGGUCCCAAACCGGUACUGCGGAAGAGUAUGCCAUUCGUCUCGCCAAGGAGGCGAAGUCCAAGUUUGGCCUCGCCUCCCUCGUCUGCGAUCCAGAGGAAUACGACUUCGAGAAUCUCGACCAACUGCCCGAAGACUGCGCCGCCUUCUUCGUCAUGGCUACAUACGGUGAAGGUGAACCUACCGACAACGCAGUUCAAUUGAUGCAGAACCUCGAGGACGAGUCUUUCGAGUUCAGCAACGGAGAGCGCAAUCUCAAUGGCCUCAAGUAUGUCGUUUUCGGUUUGGGCAACAAGACAUACGAGCACUAUAAUGUGAUCGGACGCCGUGUUGACGCUGCUCUAACCAACAUGGGCGCCGUGCGCAUCGGGGAACGUGGCGAGGGCGACGAUGACAAGAGCAUGGAGGAGGACUACCUAGAGUGGAAGGAUGGUAUGUGGGAAGCCUUCGCUACCGCCAUGGGUGUCGAAGAGGGUCAGGGUGGUGACACAGCCGACUUUGUCGUCUCGGAGCUCGAAUCCCAUCCUCCGGAAAAGGUCUACCUAGGCGAGUACUCGGCCCGUGCCUUGACAAAGACCAAAGGUAUCCACGAUGCCAAAAACCCAUUCCCGGCUCCCAUCGCCGUCGCUCGUGAACUAUUCACCCCCCACGCUGAUCGGAAUUGCGUUCACAUCGAAUUCAACACCGAAGGUUCUGGCAUUACUUACCAACACGGUGACCACCUUGGUGUAUGGCCUAUCAAUCCCGACCUCGAAGUCGAGCGUCUUCUCUGCUCACUCGGUUUGCACGACAAGAGGGAUAAGGUCAUCGGCAUUGAGUCCCUCGAUCCUGCUCUAGCCAAAGUUCCCUUCCCCGUCCCCACGACUUACGGUACUGUCUUGCGCCACUACAUUGACAUCAGCGCUGUCGCUGGUCGCCAAAUUCUCGGCACCCUCUCCAAGUUCGCUCCCAACCCGGAGGCCGAAGCUUUCUUGAAGGAGCUUAAUACCAACAAGGAGAAGUACCAUACUGUCGUUGCCGAUGGAUGCCUCAAACUUGGAGAGGUCCUUCAGUUGGCUGCAGGCAAUGAUAUCCGCAAACUUCCCACCCCGGACAAUACCACAGCAUGGCCCAUUCCCUUCGAUAUCGUCGUAUCGGCAAUCCCACGACUUCAACCCCGCUAUUAUUCUAUCUCCUCUAGUCCCAAGCUCAACCCCACUUCUAUUCACGCGACUGUGGUGGUCCUGAAACACGAGAACAUCCCCAGCGAGAUUGUCUCCAAGAAAUGGGUAUAUGGCGUCGGCUCAAAUUUCCUUCUCAAUCUCAAGCACGCGGCCAACAACGAAUCAGUUCCCCUUGUUACUCAAGAUGGCGAAGAACGUGUUUCCGUCCCAGCGUAUCUCAUCGAAGGUCCCCGCGGUGCUUACAAGGUCGACACAACGUACAAGGCACCAAUCCACGUGCGACGAUCUACAUUUAGAUUGCCCACGAACCCAAAGAGUCCAGUGAUUAUGAUUGGCCCCGGAACUGGUGUGGCUCCUUUCCGUGGUUUCGUCCAAGAACGUGUGGCUCUCGCCCGCCGUGCCCUAGAUAAGAACGGUCCGGAUGCAUUGGCAGAUUGGGGCAGAAUAUCGCUGUAUUAUGGUUGCCGCCGCUCCACGGAAGACUUCCUGUACAAGGACGAGUGGGACAAGUACAUUGAAGAGCUCAAAGGCAAAUUCGUCCUCCGCACGGCCUUCUCGCGCGAGAAGUUCAAACCUGAUGGCAGCAAGAUCUACGUGCAGGAUCUGCUAUGGGAAGACCGGCAGCACAUCGCCUCUGCCAUUCUCGAGGGCAAGGGCUACGUGUACAUUUGCGGCGAGGCCAAAAACAUGAGCAAGCAAGUCGAAGAGGUUCUUGCUCGCAUCUUGGGUGAAGCGAAGGGUGGGUCUGCCGAGGUCGAGGGCGCAGCAGAGGUUAAGCUGCUCAAGGAACGCUCGCGGCUGAUGCUGGAUGUCUGGAGUUAAACCAUGUCUCGAUGCUUUAUUCACGUUUAUCGACUACUCUCCUUUUUUUGUCGUAUAGUCAUCGCGAUCUACAGCACAGUUUUCUCCACUGGGUUUGGACUCCUCCCUUUUCAGUGCGUUUUCGUAUCUUAAUGGUUUCCGAUGGGUAGCACCACUUCUCUCGAUUAUAAUAAUUGUAUGACCUGCGGAUCGGGAUGUACAUACUCACUAGAGCCAAUGAAGUAGAGUUCUUGCUUUCGCUUUCC